AUGAUAUUGGGAGGGGCAGCAGACGCCAUUGGGUAUUUUCGUGGAGCUUGGGAAUUUGAAAAGUCAGGAGUGGUCAUUCAUAAUGAGUUGAAGAAAAUGGGUGGAAUAGCGGCUCUCGAUGUUAGAAAGCCAAAAUGGAUCAUAUCUGAUGAUACUGUCAUGCAUCUAGCCACAGCUGAAGCACUAGUCGAAUAUUGGAAAAGUGGAAUAAAUGAUUUAAAGAAGUUGUAUCAGACGGUAGCAAAAUAUUACCUCAGAUGCAUGAACGAUAUGAAUGAUAGAGCCCCAGGUAACACCUGCAUGUUCUCAACGAAUUUAUUGAAACCUGAUACUCCCGAUGGAUAUAUAAUUCCUUAUGACUCUGGCGGCGGCGGAUGUGGUGCGGCUAUGAGAUCCAUGUGUAUUGGAAUGUACUUUCCAAGGGCUGAUCAAUUAGAUAGAUUGGUAGCAGUAAGCGUGGAAUGUGGUCGAAUGACUCACAAUCACCCUACAGGCUAUCUCGGGUCACUAGCAUCAGCUUUAUUCACCCACUACGCUAUCCAAGCAAGACCAAUGGUUUCUUGGGGGGCUGGCCUAAUGGAAGCGAUUGAUUUGGCUUGGGGAUACGUUAAAAACGAAGGAAGAGACGUUGAAGAGAAUGAGCGCGAUUGGAGCUAUUUCAAGAAUGCAUGGGGAGACUAUUUGAAAUUACGUGGUAUAAUUGAUGGAGCCUCCCCACCAACAUUUCCGGAUAACUUCGAUGUUAUGGAAAGGGACGUUUUCUACAAGAAAAUUAGUUUCCACGGAGAUGGAGGUUCUUCUGGACACGACGCUCCAAUGAUUGCGUUUGUAGACGGCUUCUUCUUGAUUAGGCUACCGCCUUUAAAUGUUUCUAUAAUAUUUUCAAUGGCAACGUUUUUUAGAAAGUAUGAUGCUCUGUUGGCAUCUGGAGAUAGUUGGGAGGAACUAUCGAAUCGAGCAUUUUUUCACGGUGGUGACAGUGACAGCACUGCCAUCAUAGCUGCCACAUGGUUUGGUAUCUUGUAUGGGAUUAAAGGGGUCCCCACUGGAAAUUAUCAAAAUCUGGAGUACAAGGAUCGUCUUGAGAACGCUGGAAAGAACAUUUUUGAUUUAGUCGAAAAAUUAUUUGAUUGA